AUGGGUUGAAAACAUAAUAUUAAGGUUCUCGUUUUCGUCCUCACAUCAAUUUAUUUAUUCCUUUUAGGUACAAAUCAUCGUCUCUCUCUCUGUCUCUCUCUCUCUCUCGAAAAAAUCCUGUUUUUGUGCUUUCACAUAAUCACAGCCUUCUUCGAAAAACCAAACAAAAAUCUCACUCCAAAACCCCUGCCUUCGAUUUUCCCUCUUUUCACGAUCCUGCCCCUAUCUAUCAUCCUUCUCUCUGCAACUCUUUCUCUAUUCCCGAAAUGCCCCUCCAUGGCCGCGUUGUUACUCUUUCCUCCAUUGCGGCACCUCCACCAGAUUGCUUCACUUUAUAAUUUAAUAACACUUUCGGAAAGUACUUUUUUCGUUCAAUCCUUCUACAGUAUUCUUUCUAGGUUCUCCAAUUGCUAGAGUUUCUUGGCAAACAAAGUUAUCACCACAUCUAGAGAAAGUUUGGAACUUUUGACACCACGGCCAAUACUUUAUUUGUCCUAAGAGGUAUAGAUGGAGCUCAAAGUUGCAUCAGUGAAGCCAGGAGGUCUUUCUCCUUCUGAUUGUGCUAGUGAUCCUGAGGAGAAGGAGAUCAGUGACGAGGAUGAUGAUGAUCGCAAUCAUAAGCAUCGUAGAAGGGAGACUCGUUCUCAAUCUACGGAAAGAGAUUCUUUGGAGCCAAUUUUUACAAGGUCAUACAGGAAGCGCAACAAGCCAUUUGAAAAUGGUCAUCCUUUCAGGGAAAAUGAAUCUCAAGGUAGUGAAACCUGGAAAAACAGUAACAUCGCUCCUCUAGAGAAAGACUUCAUAAAGUUUGAUAAAAGACGCCCUGGUAUGGCAUCAUUUCCCCGAAUGAAUGUGGAUUUGAAUCAAAGAAUCAGGUCAAACCAAAUAUUUUUUGGAGAGCCUGGUCCUGGGAGGGGAAGAGGAAGGGACUCAGGUUCUUGGAACCAACGUGACUCCAGGUUUAGCUCAGUUGACAUUGCUUCUCAAAUGGUUCAGCAGGGAUCCAUCACUCCAGGUCUCUUUGCAGGAAGGGGAUUGCCAAAUGUUUCAAACACACAAAACUCAUCCUGGAAUACAUUUGGAUUGAUUCCAGGAAUACCCAGUGGUGGCCUUGAUACACUUCAUCCCAUUGGUUUGCAAGGAACCCUCAGACCAGCUGUAAAUUCUUCACUGAAUAUUGGCAUUCCUCGCCAACGGUGUAGGGACUUUGAAGAACGUGGAUUUUGCCUUAGAGGGGACAUGUGCCCGAUGGAGCAUGGCAUCAAUCGUAUUGUCGUUGAAGAUGUUCAGAGCCUUUCACAGUUCAAUCUCCCUGUUUCACUUCCAAGUGCACCGCUAGUGGGAACACCUGCAGGACCAGGGGCUUUACAAUCUGUGGGUGCUUCUUCAACCACAUUGAUGAAUAGCAAAGGAUUACAUAGCAGAAAUAGCAAGUCUGGAAUGGUUGACGAUGGUAUGGGCUUCAAUGGUGCAUAUUCAGUUUCUGCUGCUGGAAGUGGAGCAGACUUGUAUGAUCCAGAUCAGCCAUUGUGGAAUACCAAUGGUCCUGAAACAUCUAGUGGGCUCUUAGCAUUACACUCAUCCAAAAAUGAUGAAACUGAGUCCUUCAUGAGUGUUGGUACUUCUGACCAUCAUCAUGGCAGGUUGCGUGACAAUGCUGAUAACGAAUGUGGAAUGAGAAAUACUGCGAUCCCUGAUGGUUCACAGACUACAAGCUCAUCCGUUUGGGGUAGAGUUGGUAGUGUGAAGAAUAGAUUAGACAUGAAAGAGAAAACGGAUUUGACUGUAAGUACCUCAGAUUAUUUAGAGAAUGAAACUAAGGAAGAUCAGGAUGCUCUAGCCAAUAUUCAAGGGACUUCUCGUCAAGGAAAGCGAAUGAUUUCUGAGGAUUCUGGCCCCAAAACUCUGGAUUUUUCAACCAAGACACAGGGUGAUUCCAUGCGCAAUACAAGAAAAUCGUCUCAAAAGGCACUAUGUACACUAUUUGUCAGUGGCAUUCCACAGAAAAACAACAAGAGGGAUUCUCUUCUUUCUCAUUUUCAAAAGUUUGGAUUGGUUAUCGAUAUUUAUAUUCCAUCAAAUAGCGAACGAGCUUUUGUUCAGUUUUCAAGAAGGGAAGAAGCUGAAGCUGCUCUUAGGGCACCUGAUGCUGUAAUGGGCAACCGCUUUAUCAAGCUAUGGUGGGCCAAUCGUGACAGCAUUCGUGGUGAUGGCAUAAGUAGUUGCCAAAGCAUUUCUGCAACUCCCUGUGGUGUGCCAGGUGCUUCAGUUCCGCCCCAACCUUUUAUUGCUAAUAGAGGAAAAGAUAAUCUACAGUCUGCUGCUUCUAAGGGUGCUACAGUCCCUCCCCCUGAUGCGUCUCUGCCUCCCACCGAUCACCCUAAGCCUGUCAUCACUAAUGGUCCAAAGGUUCCACCUCCUUUGCAGAAGAAGUUGGAGUUAGAACAAUUAAAGGAGGAACUGCGCAAGAAGCAGGAGCUGCUGGCCCAAAAGCGAAAUGAUUUUCGGCGCCAGUUGGACAAACUUGAGAAACAAGCUACAGGAGUAAAGGGUGAAGUAGUGGUUGAGCCGGCUGCCAAGAGACAUAGAGUGGGAAUGGCAACUGAUAUUGUAAAAGUUCCAACUCUGAGGUCCUCUGGUCAUGUUCUUGGUGUUCCAUCUCCACGUGGUGAGAACAAAUCAUUUGAGAAUCCCAUGUCAUCUAGUCCCAAAAAUAAUGCAUCGCUGAUGCAGCAGGAAACUACAGGCUCAAGGCAGCCAAUUCGUCCAGUGGGCCCUGCAGGGGCUCCUUUUUCUGUGAAUAGAUUCAAGUUGGAUAACCGACAAAUUUAUGGUGGAUGUGUAGAUGUUUUGAAGGAACACUUCUCAUCCUAUGGUGAUCUUUCUACUGUUGAACUAGAAGAUGCUGAAGCCUGUGAUGAUAAUGAUGGAUCAGAGGUACCGAAAAAAAGUUGCUCAGCUCUUCUGACUUACGCAACUCGGCGUUCAGCUGAGAGGGCAUUUUUAAAUGGUAAAUGCUGGCAAGGGAAAGAUUUGCAGUUCAUGUGGGUGACAUGUAGUACCUCUGCCAGUGACCUUUCUGGCAGAGAAAAUAUAUCAUCUGCCUCCAAGUGUCCUAUAGAAACUGGUGUUCAGCCUGCUGGAAAAAUAGACCACAUGGAUUCCCAAGAAGCUUCUGCAUCUGGAAAUGGGGAACCUGAAGCUUCAGAAAGAAAUAGCAGUGAUGACCAUGAAGUUUCCACGCCGUGUCCAACUUUAGUACCUAGUGAGAAUGAGUCAUCUAAAUGUGAUGCUAGUGCAAUGUCAAUGUCCAGCAAGGAAGAGUCGCUAAAAAGCGAGAUUGGUCCAACUGCAAUAUCUGAGGAGAAAGAGUCGCCUACAAGUGGUGCCUAUUGA